AUCAGUGCCUUGUGUUAAGUCAAACAGAUAAUAACGUGAAGCAACGUCUUCCUCGAAGUCCUCAAAAGAGUUCUUCACAGUGUUGUUAUUGUUGUGUCCUAACAAAAAUCACUACAUCAAGAAUUUUACCUUAACAGCUUGUGCAUUAUACUUUUCUAACACUAAAUUUUUUUUUCUCUUAUUUUAUUUUUGUGACAAAAGUUUUCAAAUAGCAGAUUCCAUGCCUUCAUUUCUGAGAGCCCAGGCUAUGUUCAUUGUUAAGAAAUUCCGUGUCAACCCUAUAUACUAUUCUGACUACUCCGAUACGAUGAAACAUUAAAAAGCAAUCAGAGUAGUGAUUGCAACCCCUAUAUUUGAUAUUAUUUUAUCUUUCUAUUUUUUUUCUUAUUCUUAAUUCCCCGACUGAUUUUCGUACUUAAUUUUAUCUUUUUUCCGAAAUGGAUAUCGUUGCUAGUUAUCCCGUAGUAAAGGCCUUCUUAGCAGGUUCAUUUUCGGGUACUUUCUCCACAAUAUUAUUCCAGCCAUUGGAUUUGGUAAAAACGAGACUACAGAACCCACAGCCAGCAAUUCUUAAAAGUGCUUCAGAUGUACGAAUGAUAACCAUAUUCGCCACUGUUGUCCAGCAGGAUAAAAUAUUUGGGCUAUGGAAAGGCAUGACACCAUCUAUUACAAGAUGCGUACCAGGCGUAGGUCUUUAUUUCUGCUCUUUAGAUUGGCUAAAGUCCCAUUACGUGCCAGGUAGAACACCAACUCCCCUUGAGUCGAUUACUUUAGGGGCUGUUGCAAGAUGUAUGAGUGCUGGAGCACUCAUUCCAAUUACAGUUGUGAAAACAAGAUACGAAAGCGGCGUCUACCAGUAUGAAAGUGUUGGGUCGGCGUUGCGUCACAUUUAUCACACAGAAGGAUUGAAGGGCAUGACGUGCGGACUAAUUCCAACCCUGGUUAGGGAUGCACCCUAUUCAGGCCUAUAUUUUAUGUUCUACACCCAGAUGAAACUUCUUGUACCUCAAAAGCAUCUGAACAGUUCGUUCGCAGCCCCAAUCCAUUUCACAUGCGGUAUUGCCGCCGGCAUAAUGGCCUCCGUAAUCACUCAGCCAGCCGAUGUUCUUAAAACCAAAAUGCAACUCUAUCCCAACAAGUUUCAUAGUCUCCUUUCUGCAAUUGUUCACGUGCACAGCAAAUAUGGUUUCGCGGGCUACUUCAAAGGCAUGGUGCCCAGGAUGUUACGUCGUACUCUAGUUACCGCUAUGGCUUGGACCAUCUACGAACAGGUUACUAAGAAUAUAGGGUUGAAAUAAGGCAGUGGAAUUUAAAAUGCGCAUGCGCAACACGGUAUGAAACCUUUUUAAUUUCAAUUCAGAAAUUUCGAAUUUUGAGUUUGAUAUUUGACUCUGCAAUUCUAAAACUUUCAGAUUUCUUUUAGUAUAACAGAAAUGCUUAGUAAUAAACAAAAAAAGCCUUCUUUUAAUUAUCUAAUGUUUAUUGCUUUAUUGCUUGCGCACACUUGUAUAUGUGGUAUGUUUAUACUUACUUUAAAAUAUAUGUAUAUACCUGUAUAUAUAUAUUAACUUUUAAUUUUCAUACGUAAAAUGUAUAUAUUCCACUGUCCUAUUUUAAGUUUGUUUUAUCCUUUAUUCUUAGUGUUUUACAUAUACCUAGUUGUUGCCCAAAAUUAGAUUUACAAAUGUCUUGUAAAAGAAAUGAAACAAUUUGGGGUGUAAAUUUCUUACUACGGUUAUCUGAAGUGUUUCGUUUUUAUUAUAAGAGGUUGUACAUGUAGUAGGUAUAGGUCUAUAAAGGUGUUCCUCUAGCAAUGAUAUUGUAUUUUGGUGACACAAAAUACAGUAUUUUUUAUAUGAAAUUAUUGUACCCUGUGAUGUUUACACAAGAUUUUAUUGUUUAUUUAUGUUGAUUACGUAAUAUGUUGUCUCAAAUAAAUUAAGGUUAUACAUA